AUGUCAAGUCGAAGCGGAUCCAUCAGUGAGGACUGGGAAGAGCUCAGCAACGUCGGCUCUGUCACGUCUCUCGAUGACGAGUCCAAAUCAACAUCAACAGCCACUGUUGAGACACAAACCCCGGCAAUCGUGCCACCAACUGUAGCGGGUCCAUCAAGUGCCCAGUUGCAACUACCGCUGCGGCCGAGACAAGACGAGACCGCUUACUCGCAAUUGUCCUCGACCGGUACUCGUCCCCACUGGGGUGAAUGGGAAAACGUCCCACCUAGCGGCUAUCUUCCCUACCCCUUCCAACACGGCACAUCGACAAGGACAAACAUAUCAAUGUCGAUGGGCGCAGGAGUCCCACCAACUGUUCGGCAUGGCAGGCCAUCAGCUCAAGAAGACCAAGGCUUUUGGUUUGCGGAUGGCUUCGAAAAUCUAGAGCUGGGACCCAUCCAGAUCCCACGCGUUGGCAAGCUUGGUCCCACCGAAGACCCAAGGGAAUACCAUGAAGCUUGCGCUACUGCACGGAGAUCACUUCUAGAAGUGCAAAGGCUCGCCGAUAACAUUGGCGGCGGUAAAAGUCUCGUUAUGGACGACCUCUGUGCAACAUGCGGUCUUCUGUUGGUGCAGGUGGCAGAACUAGGCAAGAUGGCCAAACUAUACGCCCAGCACUGGAUGGUUCAGAAGUCCAAGGGGGAUCCAACCGACUUCCCCCUUGAACUUGAUGUCUGGAAGCUACUGAAACAGCUGCUGAGCAAACUCAGGAGUAUAGCAGCAGAGUUAAAAGGUGAUAUGCCAGACUACAUAAAUUUCAUGCGCCUUGACGGUCGGACUCGGCUUAUGGGGUUGGGAAUGGGAGGUCGUGAAGAGAACUUGGUGGAUAUCAGCAGCCACUUUGCUAAUCUAAUGCCCAUCCUACGAGCGGACUUUAACAAGUAUCGAACGAAACACAUGGAUGUUCAGCCUGCCACAACUAGUGCAUCCGAGAAACCAACACGUCGCGUACCUCACAGCCCCGACGUCAACCUGAUUUGCAUAGAGCUUAGCGCAUUGAAAGCGAGCCUUGUCUCGGCAAGUGCCUUUUUGAAACAGCUCUGUAGCAAUGGGGAGUGCAAGUACAUCAUGGGCCCUGGAAUGACCGACACUGUUGAUUCAAUCAUCGAUGUCAUCCCAAAGACACUGACCAUUAGUCCUCUAGGGUGGGCAGACUCUGCUGCGAAGGGUGGAUUAAAGUACUCCCAGGUUGUCGAGUUUAGUGUGGAGUGUAUUCAAGAACUUGUGCGAGACCUCAAGUGUUACCAGAGGGUUAUUGAUAUUACUGCCGCCGUGCCAGAUUACGAGCCCUAUCAGCUGCGUCUUGAUGUAGCUAUGCAGGGGAUCAGAGAUGUUGUUGAGGUGCUGGAAGUGCUGCUGUUGGAUCCUAUAGGUUCGGAUUAA